GUGCGCUGUAUCCCUCAGACACAGCGGAUCACCGAUCAACGGAAAGAGCCAAAGAUGUCGGCUCGGUCAUGUGAUCAGCUGUGUCCAAUCACAGCUGAUCGCAUGGGACAUGUACACUGAUCAUCAGAGCACUGAUGGUCAGUGCCACCUGUCAGUGUCCAUCAGUGCCAGCUGUCAGUGCUCAUCCAUGCCACCUGCCAGUGCCCAUCAGUGCCACAUUUCAGUGCCUACCAGUACACAUCAAUGCCACAUAUCAGUGCCCAUCUGAGCUGCCUUUCAGUGUCACCCAUCAGUGCCAGUCAGUGCCGCCUAUCAGUGCCACCUAUCAGUGUGCAUCAGUGCUGCCUAUCAGUGCCAGUCAGUGCCACCUAACAGUGCCAGUCAGU